AUGUCGUCGACACAAGUACAAGCCAGCGUCUUGCACGGCGCAAAAGACCUCCGCAUUCUAAUCCGCAUGUCAGNNGAAUCCCGCGACCUUCCCGCCCNNCCCUCAGCAAACGAAAUCCAAGUCGCAGUCCACAGCACCGGUCUCUGCGGCAGCGACCUGCACUACUACAACCACAACCGCAACGGCGACAUCCUCGUCCGCGAACCCCUGACCCUCGGCCACGAGUCCUCGGGCAUCGUCACGGCCAUCGGUUCCUCAGUCUCCGACUUUGCAAUCGGCGACAGAGUAGCCUUGGAAGUGGGUGUUCCUUGCGACCACUGCCAUCGCUGCGAAGAAGGCCGCUAUAACAUCUGCAAAGACAUGAAAUUCCGCAGUUCUGCAAAGAGUNUUCCCCACUUCCAAGGCACGCUGCAGGAAAAGAUCAAUCAUCCUGCCAAGUGGUGUCACAAGUUGCCGGAAAACAUGAGUAUGGAGUUGGGAGCGCUGCUGGAGCCUUUGGGUGUUGCUAUACACGCCUAUCGACGCAGUUUGAUGCAACCAGGACAAACUGCUUUAGUGUUGGGAGCUGGUGCUGUGGGUUUACUCGCUGCAGCGGUGGCCAAAGCUAAAGGAGCAAAGACGAUAGUGAUUGCAGACAUCGAUGCCGGAAGAGUGGAUUUUGCAGUCAAGAAUGGUUUUGCACACCACGGCUAUGUGGUGCCCAUGAAGCGAGGAAAAGACACGGAAGAGAAUCUCGCUAUUGCGAGGGAAACGGCAGAUGGUGUUGGCGCUGUUGCUGAUGACUCUGGCUCUGCAGUUGGAGAGGUGGAUGUCGUGUUUGAAUGUACGGGCGUACCUACCUGCGUCCAAGCAGCCAUCUACUCCACCAAGCCCGGCGGCCGUGUAAUGCUAAUCGGCAUGGGCGUCCCCAUCCAAACCCUCGCCAUCUCCUCCGCCGCCCUGCGCGAAGUCGACCUCGUAGGCGUCUUCCGCUACGCAAACACCUACCCCGAAGGCAUUUCCCUCGUCACUUCUCNNCCUUCCUGUCCUGACCUGUCCAAGCUUGUAACGCACAAAUUCAAAGGUUUGGAAAACGCAGAAAGCGCUUUUGGUAUGGCUGGAAAAACCAAAGAUGACAAGGGAGACUUGGUGCUCAAGGUUGUGAUUCAGAAUUGA